AUGCUUGUCAACGUCAAACGCUCAUUUCCAAACUCUCCUAAUUGGGAUCAAGCCCCCCCCCCCUCCUCGUUCUACCAUGGGUUCCUGCGCAACGUCGUCGGGACGGUUUUCUACGCGCUGGUGUGCUUUGGCAUCCAGUGGGUGUCGUCGCUCUACGCCGUGUCCAAGCAGACCGAGCGGUUCCUAGACGUCACGGGCUCCUUCACGUACGCGCUGCUGGUUCUACUGGCAUACGUGAUGAACAGCCCCGUGUCCUGGCGCGGGUCGCUGCUGACGGCAUUCGUGUGGCUCUGGUGCGUCCGCCUCGGCGCCUUCCUCUUCCUGCGCAUCAGCGAGUGCGGCGAGGACAAGCGCUUCGUUGAGAUCCGCGUGAAUCCGCUGCGGUUCUUCUCGGUCUGGAACAUCCAGGGCCUGUGGGUGCUGCUCACGGUGCUGCCGGUGCUGCUGGCGCUGACCCACGGAGUCAACGACCCGCAAGUGUCGCCCCAGGACGUGGUCGGGUCCGGUCUGUGGGUUGUCGGCUACUUGAUGGAGGUGGUGGCGGACUACCAGAAGACGCAGUUCCGUCGCAACCAGGAGAACAAGGACAAGUUCAUCCAGAGCGGCCUCUGGCACUACAGCCGCCAUCCGAACUACUGCGGCGAGAUCAUGAUGUGGGUCGGCGUGUUCCUGGUCACGGCGCACACGCUGCCGAGCUUCGGUUUGCAGUGCUGGGCCGCGGUGAGUCCGUUGUUCGUGAUGCUGUUGCUGUUCACGGUGUCGGGGAUUCCGCCACUGGAGAAGCAGGCGGAAGAGCGCUGGGGCGAGACCAAGGCCUACCAGGAGUACAAGGCGACGACCAGCGUUCUGCUGCCCAUGCCCAAGUACAAUUUGGAUGACGUGAAGCGGGCGAAGAUCGCCUGA